UGGGCGAAGCUAGUGCUUUCCCGGACAUAAUUUACAGCUGGUACCGUAGCGUGGGUGGAGACUGGACCUGUACGCACCCACAGCAGGCUGUCACGUAGCGAGCUGGUGGUUUAAAUAAAUGGGAGAGAAGCUCCGCUGCCCUGUAUCUCCUCUGCCGCCGCGGCUCUCCGCCCUGCUCCCCGAUGUUUGUGCGCUGGCUGCUGCCUCUGAUCUGCGCUCUGUCCGCAGAGGCCGACAUCUUCCCCCUCGACAGCAUUAGCAACGUCUCCACUUACUAUUUCAACUACUUCUACUGCAACAUCUGGGAGGGGGAGUGUCAGCCCCACCAGGAUGAUGCCACACAGCAAGUUCCUGUCGGGGACCUCUGGCCAGGCUUUCCUCAGGACUACACCAGCCUGCUGCAUCAGUGGUACUGUAGCCUGGGCCAGUGCUGUGAGUCUGGAGACUGCAGGAUAACCAACAACAUCACAGGUUUGGCCAAGGACCUGCAGACGAAGCUCCACGGCCAACAUCUGGUCCAGUCCGUGGUUCUUAAAGCCAUCCAGGGUUUCAUCAACAACCCAGAGUCCAACAAGCCUCUAACACUCUCCUUCCACGGUUGGACCGGAACCGGCAAGAACUUUGUGGCCCGCAUCAUCUCUGACAACCUGUACCGGGACGGGGUGAAGAGCGAGUGCGUCCGUCUGUUUAUCGCCCCGUUCCACUUCCCCCACGCCAGACUGCUGGACACGUACAAGGGUCAGCUGAGGGAAGCCAUCCGAGAUUUGGUGCUGCGCUGCCCACAGACUCUGUUCAUCUUCGACGAGGCUGAGAAGCUCCACCCGGGCCUCAUCGAUGCCAUCAAGCCCUACAUGGAUCACUAUGACAACGUGGAUGGGGUCAGCUACCGGAGAGCCAUCUUCAUCUUCCUCAGCAACAUAGGCGGUGCAACGAUAAAUGACGUGGCGCUGGACUUCUGGCACUCAGGUCAGAAUCGUGAGGACAUUGGUAUGGAGGACCUGGAGCAUCGGCUUAGAGCUGAAACUCUGGAGACCCAAGGGGGCUUUGCUCAGAGUGAGCUGAUGGCGGACCACCUGAUUGACUUCUUUGUGCCUUUUCUGCCUCUGGAGUACCGUCACGUGAAGCUGUGCGCACGAGACGCCUACACAGCGCGAGGUCUGGAGGCAGAUGAGGCAACACUGGAUGAGGUGGCCAAGGCGAUGCUGUACGUUCCCAAAGAGGAGAGACUCUUCUCAGCCCAAGGAUGCAAGUCCAUCCCGCAGAGGAUCAACUUCUUUCUCCCCUAGAAGGAAAGAGAGAGAGAGAGAGAGACGCAGUGACCUGGAGGAGGUGUUACGAUUGCUUUUCCAGCCCAUCUGCAUUCAGAGCCACAGAGUGUCUCCUUCGCUCUGUUCUGUGCACUAACCCCCUCCCCACACAGAGACACGCCGUGUCUGUCCAGGUCCCUGGGAGACGGCCAGGCAGCAGGGCAGGUUCAGGAUAAGAGGAGGGAGCAGCAGGAGCCGCCCUGCAGGGAUCAGGAGCGUUGCUGGAAACACUCAUUCCAGACGGUCGUUAUAGGAGGCGUGGCUGCUCUCCCUUAUCUGCCUGGUUUGAGUAUCACAGCGUCAGGAUGAAGACGUGAAGAAGUCUUUGACAGUGAAAACUGAUGUAUCCUCUCACUAUUUAUGUUAGGUUUUUUUUCUUUCUGCAGAGUUACAACUUGUACUGAUUUUUAUGUGGUCUUAAAGGUUCACAUGUCAUGUGUUGAUAUUUGCAGAUGUGCUUUUCUUCACGCCUUUAUUUAUUGAAAUCAUUUGUGCCAUAGUUGAACUUUGUUACUGUGCCAUGUGGUGUUUCUUAGUAAAGUAUAAAACAGACUUGAGAUCAUUUUGUAUUUUACUCUUCUAUCCCAAGGUGAAUACACAGCACUCUAUUACAUUAUUAUCAAAGGUACUUAGCGCCCUUAUUCCAGUUCUUCUGAAUUGUUUCUACCUUACUUUUCUCGCACAACCCUUGUGUUUUGUGUAAUCAUAGAGCGAGCUUUGAAUGAGUAUUGUGCUAUAAAGAAAAUGCCAUGGCUUAUGUUCAAGAACAGUCAUGUAAAUGUUACUGAAAAAUGUUACCUUAAGCUCAUAAGUGGAAGCUAAAAAAAAUCUAUAAAAGUUCUUAGUAAAUGUCUUUUCCUCUAAAGUGAAACUGUGAAAGGCCUUUUUUUUAUGUGAACCCAACAUAUAAUUAUGCUUUUAUUUAUUUUAUUUGUUUUCUGUCACCUUGAACUACUCACUCUGAUUUAGGUUGACGUAAAAGUGUUGUUGUUUGAAGUUGAAAUCACUUCACAUAUAUUGGAUUAUUGAAAAAUGGAAUAAAACAUUCAAAUAUUAAAAAUAGUUAUUUUGGUUCUGAA